AUGCGUUUCCAUAUCGUCAUCAGCAUUGCGCUUCUCCUCCUCUGUGCUACUGUAUCCCACGCCCUUCAUGCGGAAGAAACUCCACUUUUAACAGAUGAAUUUUUGGAUCGUGUGAACCGCCUCAAUGGUGGAAUGUGGACGGCUGGCCGCACAGACAGAACAAAAGAACUCACGCGGCCCGCGGCCAAGCGGCUGAUGGGAGCUUUCCUACGAAAAACCAGCAGCCUUGCCCCGCGGCGGUUCAGCGAGGAGGAGCUCCAUGUGCAGCUCCCUGACAGUUUUGAGGCCUCAGGAAAGUGGCCCAACUGUCCCACCAUUACCGAAAUCCGUGACCAAUCGGACUGCGGCUCUUGCUGGGCUGUAGCGGCGGCCUCAGCCAUGUCGGAUCGCCAUUGUACCAUGGGUGGCGUACGCGAUCUGAGGAUUUCAGCGGGAGACCUCUUGUCUUGCUGCGAAGAAUGUGGUUUCGGCUGCAAUGGCGGCUUUCCCGAGGCGGCUUGGUCCUACUACGUCGAGACUGGCUUGGUGUCCGAGUACUGUCAGCCGUAUCCCUUUCCACCCUGUGCCCAUCACGUGAACAGCACCCACUACUCCCCAUGUUCGGGGGAUUACGAUACGCCUACCUGCAACGUCAGUUGCACCAACAAGGCAAUUCCGCUGAUAAGGUAUAAGGGAAAUAGCAGCUAUUCCCUGGAUGGAGAGGAACACUACAAGCGAGAGUUAUUUUUGCGUGGACCAUUUGAGGUUGCCUUCACUGUGUACGAAGACUUCGUGGCCUACAGAGGCGGCAUCUACAAGCACGUCAGUGGCAAUGCUCUUGGAGGCCACGCGGUACGCCUUGUUGGCUGGGGUGUGCUGAACGGAACGCCUUUCUGGAAGAUUGCGAACAGCUGGAAUAGUGAAUGGGGCAUGAAUGGCUACUUUCUCAUCGCUCGUGGGCUGAAUGAAUGUGACAUCGAGGCUCAAGGUAGCGCCGGUACGCCAAAGGUGCCAUUGACACAAUAA